AUGGCUAUGAUCACUGGACAACAUUUAUGGCGAAUUGCCAAAGAUGCCGAAGAUCCCAAUUACCAUGCUUAUCUUGAAGCAAAAAAACAUGGAAAAGCUUUAACUGUUUUUCAAAGAUUAACUGAUAAUCGUCGUCGAAUAAUGUCAAAAAUAAUAGAGCCUAAUCCAAAAGAACGUUAUACAACUGGGCAAAUAGUUCGAGAUCCUUGUUUCUUGAGUACUUACAUAUGUUUAAAACCUGAUAAUGACAAUAUUAAGAAUAAUAAUAAAGGUAAUAAUAGUGAUAUUUAUAAUAGCAUUGAUAGUAAUUUAUCCCAUAGUACAACUUGUGGAGCAAAAGCUGCUACUCGAGAUGCAUCUUCAGUUAACAAAGUAGAUAUAGUGCAGUAG